UAAUAAAUUAAUUAAUUAAAAUAUAAUUCAAAAAAGAAAAAAACUUCAAAUAAUAAAAUGGGUAAUUGCUCUUCUUCUAGUUAAGUAUAUGAAGCAACUAAAUUGGUUAGCUAGAAAUCACUUUUUUAAGAAAUAGAUGGGGAAAGCCAAUUAAAUAAUAUGUUUCAAAAGCUUUAAGAAGAUUUAAAAAGACUGACUUAAAUGAGUUCAACUCAACAAAAAUAGUAAUAAUAAAUUAAUGACUUACUUGGUAUAUAAUAAAACGAAGUAGAUAUAAUUUUAUUAGCAAAAACAAUUGUCAUGGCUAUAUAAAUGGCUUAUAAAUGUGAUCAGUAAAAAUUAUAAGACUUCAUCAUUUGCGAUCAAUAUCCUUAUUUUAAUAAGAAGAUUGAAAAAUCUAUAAAAAACAAUCAAACUCUAAAUUUAAUAAACUAAUACAAAAUUAUGAUAUAAUUGAUUGAAUAAAACUAAGAUUUUGUUUCAAAAAUACUUUCUUAAAUAAAUAAAAUAGAAGAAAUGAUACAAAACCAAACAAAUUAAUAUUUAAUAAUAAACGAAAAAGUCUAGAAAAAUUUAAAAUAAUUAAAUUCAACUAAACAAAAAGUUUUGCUUUACUUAAGCUAGACUAUUAAUAAAAUUCUAGAAAAUCAUUAGAAUUUUAUCCAUAACUUCAAAGAUUGGUAAUCUGAUUUGUUAAGAAAGUCAAGCUUUGCUCUUGAAUAAUAAAUUAACUCUAUAUAAUAAUUAUCUUACAUUAUUCUUUAAUAAAAUUCAAAUACAUAAUUAUCAUAAUGA